GGGUGAUCCAAUCAACUAACCAUCAAGCCUUUGGGUGAUCCAAUCAACUAACCAUCAAGCCUUUGGGUGAACCAAUCAACUAACCAUCAAGCCUUUGGGUGAACCAAUCAACUAACCAUCAAGCCUUUGGGUGAACCAAUCAACUAACCAUCAAGCCUUUGGGUGAACCAAUCAACUAACCAUCAAGCCUUUGGGUGAACCAAUCAACUAACCAUCAAGCCUUUGGGUGAACCAAUCAACUAACCAUCAAGCCUUUGGGUGAACUAAUCAACUAACCAUCAAGCCUUUGGGUGAACCAAUCAACUAACCAUCAAGCCUUUGGGUGAACCAAUCAACUAACCAUCAAGCCUUUGGGUUCAGGGUUCCCGAGGAUGAUGUCAGGGGUUUCACUGUCUGCGGUGUGUGUGGCGGUGCUCUUUUCCUUGGGGCGAUGCCAGAACGGAUGCUUGGUCCAGGACGGAACACCAGGAGCGCAAGGAACUCCAGGCCGGGAUGGGCGACAAGGAGCAAAGGGAGAAAAAGGAGAGCCAGCACUGCAGCUGGAUGCGGGGUUGCCCCAUGGACUGAAAGGGAGGAAGGGGAGCCGGGGGAUCCCCGGGGACAUGGGGCCUAAAGGCUUAAGUGGAGACCUGGGACCUGAGGGUCCCUCUGGGCCCCCUGGCCCCCCUGGCCCUGCAGGGAGGGGCGGGGACCAAUCCCAUCAACACCGCGCGGCCUUCUCUGUGUCCCGGACAGACAUCUCCUACCCCCCCUACAAACAAACCCUGACCUAUAACUCCGCCAUCACCAGCAGCAACCUGAUCAGUUUGAACUCUGGAAUGUUCACCUGCAGCAUACCUGGAGUCUACUACUUCGUCUUCCACUCAGAGGCCAAGGUGGGCAUGUGUCUGUAUCUGAAAAGUGACGCCCUGGGAGAGAGGAUGCUAGGUUUCUGUGACUACAACAACAGAGCCACUACCCAGGUUCUGUCAGGAGGUGUGGUGUUGGACCUAUCACGCGGCAACAAGGUGUGGCUGGAGCCGUUUAAAGACGAGCAGCCGGAGAAUGUGGAUGACAAGAAGGACAAGAAGAUCGUGUUCAACGGCUUCCUGCUCUUCCCCACCGGGAAGUGAUGUCACAACGCCAUGCAGUGACCUCGUCACAUGAGCUGUCCCUGGGAACCAACCAUUACUAACACUGUUCUAUACUGAUCUAUACUGUUCUAUACUGAUCUAUACUGUUCCAUACAGUUCUAUACUUUUCUAUACUGAUCAUCUAUACUGAUCUAUACUGUUCUAUACUGAUCGACACUUUUAUAUUCUGUUCUAUACGGAUCUACACUUUUCUAUACCGAUCUAUACUGUUCUAUACUGAUCUAUACUGUUCUAUACUGAUCUAUACUGUUCUAUACUGAUCUAUACUGAUCUAUACUGUUCUAUACUGAUCUAUACUGAUCUAUAUGGUUCUAUACUGUUCUAUCCUGAUCUAUACGGUUCUAUACUGAUCUAUACUGUUCUAUACUGAUCUAUACUGAUCUAUACAGUUCUAUAUGGAUCUAUACUGUUCUAUACGGUUCUAUACUGAUCUAUACUGUUCUAUACCAACCCUGCCAUUAUUGAUAUAAAAUACAGUGCCAAGUGAAAGUCACACACACCCCUGUCUAUACCCCUGUCUAUACCCCUGUCUACACCCCUGUCUAUACCCCUGUCUAUACCCCUGUCUAUACCUCUGUCUAUACCCCUGUCUAUACCCCUGUCUACACCCCUGUCUAUACCCCUGUCUAUACCCCUGUCUACACCCCUGUCUAUACCCCUGUCUAUACCCCUGUCUACACCCCUGUCUAUACCCCUGUCUAUACCCCUGUCUAUACCCCUGUCUACACCCCUGUCUACACCCCUGUCUAUACCCCUGUCUAUACCCCUGUCUACACCCCUAUCUAUACCCCUGUCUAUACCCCUGUCUAUACCCCUGUCUACACCCCUAUCUAUACCCCUGUCUAUACCCCUGUCUAUACCCCUGUCUACACCCCUGUCUACACCCCUGUCUAUACCCCUGUCUACACCCCUGUCUAUACCCCUGUCUACACCCCUGUCUACACGCCUGUCUACACCCCUGUCUAUACCCCUGUCUCCACCCCUGUCUAUACCCCUGUCUCCACCCCUGUCUAUACCCCUGUCUAUACCCCUGUCUACACCCCUGUCUAUACCCCUGUCUAUACCCCUGUCUAUACCCCUAUCUAUACCCCUGUCUAUACCCCUGUCUACACCCCUGUCUACACCCCUGUCUAUACCCCUGUCUAUACCCCUAUCUAUACCCCUGUCUAUACCCCUGUCUACACCCCUAUCUACACCCCUGUCUACACCCCUGUCUACACCCCUGUCUACACCCCUGUCUAUACCCCUGUCUACACCCCUGGCUAUACCCCUGUCUCCACCCCUGUCUAUACCCCUGUCUAUACCCCUGUCUACACCCCUGUCUACACCCCUGUCUACACCCCUGUCUAUACCCCUGUCUAUACCCCUGUCUACACCCCUAUCUACACCCCUGUCUAUACCCCUGUCUAUACCCCUGUCUACACCCCUGUCUAUACCCCUGUCUAUACCCCUGUCUAUACCAACCCUGGCAGUCUUCACUUGAUGCUUUAAAUCUCAAAAGGGAUUAACAUGUGAUGUUUUUCUCUACACAUCCUUCUCCACAUUUUAAAGAAAUUAUACAACAUUUUCCAAAUGAAUAAUAAAAAUACAAUUUAAAAUGAA